AUGUUGCAGGAGGAGGAAAACAUAGAGGAUAUUGACAGAGUCUCUGAACUCUCCUUCUCCUCGGAUGCGUCUGGAGCUAGUUUGUUGCUUGAUGUGUUACAGGGUGCAAAAAAUGGUACUUCCGAUGGAGACGACGAAUCAAUUGAUUUAAAUGUUUACGAAAGUGAGGACGAAGGUUUACAGAGUACAGCAUCAAAGGAAUCAAAAGAGUUGCGAGAUGAAAUGCGACAUGUUCUUCGAACGCAUGGCCCUGCUCGUUUCCUCGAACGGUUUCUCCAUCAAAACAAAAUGAGUGUCCGCUCUAUAUUGGAAACACUCAAUAUUAAUUUACCUGAAGUAUUAAGUGACUUUUCCGACGAAGAUCUUCUUCCCCUCUUAAAGUACAUUCUAAAACACGAAGCCUCACGUCGAUUGAAGCUUCCUCAAUAUAACACACUGGACGAUGUAACCAAUUUAAUUCAAUCCUGUGAUAACAUUAUCGUUCUUACAGGAGCUGGAAUAAGCACUAGUUUAGGCAUCCCAGAUUUUCGAUCUGAUGAUGGUUUCUACGCAAAACUUGCAGAGCAUGGAUUAUCUGAACCUAUGGAAAUGUUUGAUAUUCAUGUUUUCCGUGAAGAUCCAAGCAUUUUCUAUAAAUUUGCCAGGGAAAUACUGCCCCAAACAACUCAAUUUUCACCUACUCAUGCUUUUAUUCGACUUUUGGAAAAGAAGGGCAAAUUAAAUACUUUGUUCACUCAAAACAUUGAUAAUUUGGAACACUACGCAGGCAUUUCUCCGGACAAAACGGUUCAAUGUCACGGUUCUUUUGCAAAAGCUACUUGCGUGCAGUGUCGCUAUGAAAUUGACGGAACUGAUAUUUAUGAAGAUAUUCGUAAACAGCGUGUCCCAAGAUGUUCUAAAUGCGGACAAGGUCCUCCUAAGCGCAAACGUACUCGUGAACGGAGCUCUUCUUCAAAUAGCACCGACGCGGACAGUAUCGUUGAACCGGGUGUGUUCAAACCAAACAUUACUUUUUUUGGUGAACAAUUGCCUGAAACUUUCUUCGCAAAAAUUGGAAGCGAAGAGCUGCGAAAAUGUGAUUUAUUGAUUUGUAUAGGAACGUCCUUAAAGGUAGCCCCAGUUUCAGAAGUUAUUGGGCUGCUCCCUCCGACAACCCCACAAGUCUAUAUAUCUCGAACUCAACUCCGUCAUACACAAUUUGAUGUGAGUUUACUCAGUCCAUUCAGUGAUUGGGUUGUCGUUGAACUAUGUCGGCGCCUUGGUUGGUUCAGAGAUUUGAAGAAGCUUUGCUAUAACAAUCGGUGUUACCAACCUGCUGCAAAAAGAGCAUUUGAGACACCCUUAGACAUCCAAUUCAUUGAGCCAAGCACCUACAUCAUAGACUCAAAGUUAAAUAAGGAGUCUAAAAAGAAAUAG